GGCUGCGACCGAGGAGGCUGCUGGGAUAGCCCUCUGGCAGCCAUCUUUCAAUUGUGUUUUUUAGCCAAGCCGUCUGAGUCUUGCUUGCAGAGAGCGUUUAAAGAGGUGAGAGAGACUGGUAAGAAAAAAUGGCCCGUACUAAGCAAACUGCCCGUAAGUCCACUGGUGGGAAGGCUCCCAGGAAACAGCUGGCAACCAAGGCUGCCCGCAAAAGUGCCCCUUCUACUGGUGGAGUUAAGAAGCCUCAUCGUUACAGGCCAGGUACAGUAGCCCUUCGUGAAAUAAGACGUUACCAGAAGUCCACUGAGCUGCUUAUUCGCAAGCUUCCUUUCCAGCGCCUGGUGCGUGAAAUUGCCCAAGAUUUCAAGACUGAUUUGCGCUUCCAGAGUGCAGCUAUUGGAGCUUUACAGGAAGCAAGUGAGGCAUAUCUGGUUGGCCUGUUUGAAGACACUAAUCUGUGUGCUAUUCAUGCCAAACGUGUCACAAUCAUGCCAAAAGACAUCCAGCUAGCUCGCCGUAUCCGUGGAGAGCGUGCCUGAGCUUUCAACUAUUAUGUAAAACCUUGGCAUACUCAAAUACACACAAAAAUCUAUUCUUCCUGUUACUUCGUAGUGAUGAAUGUUAGACUUAUUUCCACGGGGAAAUUUUCAAGUGGUAUUUGAAAAGUAUAAGAUAAUGGGGGUGGUAAUUGACUUUUUUCAUUUUCAUUUGUGUGUGAAUUUUUUUUAAUGGAAAUACUCAAUCAAAGCAUUACAAGUUGCCGAAAACAGUUCUUGUCAUCAAAAUAGACAAAAAUUGAACUUUAUAAAAAAAAGAAAUAUGAAAAAAAAAUUUUAAUACAGCAAGGUGCAUUUUCUGGAUUCUACCUGCAUUGGCAAUUUUUUUAAAGAUAGUUAUAAAUUUUUCUUAUUUGUAACUACAGAAUGGUGUUUGUAACAUUUAUAUCAUGUGUUUAGAAUCCAUUCAUUCACUAUACUUUUUCUAACAAAAGUUGUCCUGCAUUCAAGUAUUUGUUUUAAGUGUUGUUUGUCUGUGCUGUUCCUGUAAGUUUGCUAUUAAAAUACAUUAAAUCUA